AGCUGGCCCCGCCAUCCCAGCAGCGGCCAGCGAUGGCGGCCAGGGGCUUGCUGGCCCCCACGGGGCUGCUGUGGCUCUGCCUGGCCCCGGCAGCGCUGCUGAGGCUGCACCAGCCCCAGCCCGUCCUGACUGUGGAGAACGGGGAUGCGGUGGAGAUCGUCUGCGAGGCCAGCGAGGCCAUGGAGCAUGAAGCCAAUGUGUUCUGGUACCAGCGUGAUGGCAGGGAUGGGCCCAAACUGCUCCUGGAUUGCGAGAGCAGGAAUAAGAGCAGAUUCUCCUGCGAGUUCAAGAGGCACAGUGCCAGUGCCACACUUCACAUUGACCAUGCCCGCCCCAACGACACCGGGCUCUACCUGUGUGCCUACCACACAGGCUUGGACUUACAUUUCGGCAACGGCACCACGCUGCUGGUGGGAGGUAGGAUGGCGACAUUGGCAGGGAGUGGGACCCCCAUGUCACCCCCAUGUCCCUCAUCCCCUGCUGUCACCCGCACCCUAUACAGCUGGAUGGGCAGGAGCUGGGUCAUGGUGCUGGCGCCCCGUGGGGCUCCCCAGGGCCCCCCUGGCCCGGUCUGUGCCGUGGGUGACACCGCCGGCCCUGUCCUCGUCUCCUGGCCGGGGGGGCCCGGGAGGGUGCUGGGGCUGAGGGGCAGCACGGGGCCGCUCAUCAGCCCCAUGGGCACGGACACGGGAACCAGGGGGCUCUGCCAAGUGCGAUUCAACGCCUCGGGGCCCCCCAUCCAGAGGAGCGUGGAGCUGUUCAGGGCUGCGGGCCACCAGCCUGGGACCACAGAGCCGCCUGUGCCACGGGAGGAUGAGGAAGAGCUGCAGUACGCCCAGCUGAGGUUCGCUGCCCCAGCCAGGCGCACGCCCUGA